AUGCCUCUCAAACUCCAGGAAAUAGAGUUAGGAGACUUCGACACUAUGACUGACCACGCAAACAUCUAUCCACCUGGAGACGACCUCGUCGCUCCACCAACGCCAAUCUGCUGGCUCGUGACCACACAACCAGAAGCGCGAAGUCGACUUGAAUUCCACAUGACGAAGCAGAGAGAACGUUUUCUUGGCGAUACAAGCGCGCGAUAUCUCAAAAUCAUCGACGAAGAAACGGGCGAAAUCAUCAGCAUGGCACGCUGGCACUGGUAUCCCAACGGCUACUCAUACACGGAAGGCAUCCACUGGGAGACCCAUAACGCUGUUGAAGGACGGCCAUGGCCAAAGGGCAUGAACGUCGAACUGCAUAACUUCGUACUCACAUCACGCGAUUCUCAACGACAGCAGUGGCAGGAAGAAGGCAAACCAUGCUGGAUCCUGAUGCACUUGGUUACGCGCGCAUCGCAGAGGGGCAAAGGCGCUGCUUCAAUGCUGAUUCAGUGGGGUGUUGAUCGGGCGCGGAAGGAUGGCGUACCGGCGUACCUUGAAGCUGGGGCAUUGGCUAUUCCACUUUAUGCUAAGCAUGGAUUUCGACAGAUUGGAGACCCUAUUCGGAUAGAUUUGAGAGGGCACGGUGUAAAUGCCGAUUUUCUUGGCGCGAAGAUGGGACUUUUCCCUGAAGUGCUGGUAGAAGGUCAAGCAGGCGAGAAGGCAAAGUAG